UUAUAAAGCGGUUGGGGUGCAGUUAUCGCGUGUCGUGCCGCCGUUGAUAUACAAGUUAAACGAUGAUUAACGGUGAUGCGCAUUUGUAAUGUGAGUUUAAUAUUCCCGGGGAAAUAGAAUAAUAGUGAAUAAAAUACGAUGCGUGAGUAAAUGAUCCUGUAUGCUGAUAAGAAACGUGUUAUACACGAGUACCGAGUGUUUUCUUUUCUUUUUCUUUUUCUUUUUUCGGCAACUUGAGAUAGUUAUUCGAGUGUCGCUCUCUCGCCUCCGAGUGUAACCAACGAUAAACAAAUUUAUAUCGCAAGAUAACAUCCCGGAUUCCUGCCAAACUGCACAGGGCUGACGAACAGCUGGCCAAUUACUUUUGCAAACUGUGAUAACGCUAAAUUAAUCGCUAUAACUUCCACGACCUACGGAUAGUUCUGCAACGAGACGUCGAGUCAGUGCGAAUUAGCUCUGCUUCUUGCACCACGCGAUUUCCUUUUUUUUAUACGAGCCAUGGAUAAACGCGACCUGCCAGGAUUUGCCGAGGAAAUCAAAGACUUGGAAUUUAAUGGAUUUCUCGACUGGUUUGUGGCUUUCAACGAUGUUACCGUGAUGUGGAAGGCUCAACCAACUUACAUCAUGGUGCAGGUGUUGUGCCUAGUCGGUGGCCUUAUCACCCUUCUCCAUGCAUUGAAAAGCGGACGUCGCUACGUGCAUUUAUGGGUGAGUAUUAUACUCCAUGGAAUAGUUGUAGAGGCGAUUAGCUACAACCUCCCAGACAUCGACAACUUUUGGCAUUCCCAGACACCGAUAAUUCUGAUUGGACGGCGUUUGCCGCUCCAUAUAAUCUUGGUGUAUGUUGUAUUCAUAUACAACGCGUCCAUCGCUGCGAAGCAGCUGCGACUGCCUGCUUGGAGCGAACCAUUCGCCGUAGGCCUGAUAACAGUCCUCAUUGAUAUUCCUUAUGACAUAGUCUCUGUCAGAUUCCUUCACUGGUCCUGGCACGCCACUGAUCCAAACAUAUACGAUCGGCACUACUUUGUUCCUUGGAACUCGUAUUACUUCCACGCAGCAUUUGCCGCAAGCUUCACAUUCUUCUUCCAUGGAACGAGACGUCUCUUUACAGAAAGCAAAGAACAAUGGACGGCCAGCAAGUCCUGCUUCAAGGAAACUGUGUGCACUGUGCUACCAGCUUUACUCGGUAUGCCUGGCGGAGUACUGCUGUUCUUGCCUCUUUACCAUCCUCUCCACGACCACUACGGCAUUCAUUCGGAAGUGACUUUCUUCUUUCUAUUUACUGUAUUCCUGGUUCUCGCAUGGAGCGGCGACAGGAGUAGCUUGAAAAAAAAUUCCAUCGUCAGUAAAAGAACAAUCGACUAUAUAAUCCCAGUAUAUUUGCUGGUGUAUUACUCGUUAUUCCUCGGUUUAACAAUUAUUGGCGAUCCCUCUAAGGAAGUAUCUAUUGGUUUCCACGAGCGCAUAGGUCCAUGUGACGAAAUAGUCGGAAUCACGUCUGCUCUCGGCCAAACCCUCUACAAGAAUAAAUAUCUGUGCACAGAUAAUAAUCAAGAAGAUUACAUUGGUUGGAAUUGUUUACCAGGAGGGAAGCCGCCGCGUCACGGUUCACAUUGGUACACGGCAUGCGGAACUCCCUUGAAUAAUCGAACUGAAUACAUCACAGUUCUUUUAACAAUUUUCAUAGCUGCUUUCGCUGUUUUUACUAACAGUUUUCUCUGCGGUAGCAAAAACGGCAAAGCACUUGAUGCUAAGCAAACAAGUCAGGUGAUAAGUUCGAAAAAGGUCAAGAAAAACUAGAGCUAUUAGAUCUGCUCAACGUAUUCAGAUUAAUCUCUUCAGAGCUGUCGAGAUAAGUGAUAAAAAGUCGUCUGACAACAACAAGCCAUUGAUUAUUAUGUAACGAUCAUCAACGCUUAUAAUUGUCAAGAAAUUGCUAAAAUUAGGUGGAACAAGUUUCACCAAUUUUCGCAUCCUGCUGUACCCUAUCUAGUCGCCAAGCUUAUUGUACUUUCAGAUUUUUGCUGUUAAGAUUAAUCAAUAAAGUAUCUUCUUCAAA